AUGAAUAUGGAGCAAUUAGGGACAAGAACAAGCGCGAGUGCCUCGUCUUUUCUUCUCAAGGAUGUGCCAGCAAAACGCCCCCAUCUGCGCGUGAAGGCCUCAGUCGCCUCGCACCUGCAGAGAGGCCGUCCAUGGAUUUUCCGAAGCGACGUGCUCAACGGAGGCGAGCUCGACGUGCAUGCGCCGUGUUUCGUUGAAAUUGCUGCCGAGGGCGGGGGCGAUUCUCUCGGCGUGGCGCUCUACAAUGCGGACUCCACUGUUGCAGCCAGGGUCUUUUGUCGAGAUCGCUUCCAGCGGAUCGACGCAGGAUUUCUCGCGCUCCAGCUCCGGCGGGCAGCGGACCUCCGGCGGCGGCACUUCACGCAUCCUUUCUAUCGCGUGUGCAACGGAGAAGGCGACGACCUCCCAGGCAUUGUUCUCGAUAGGUACGGCCCGCAUUUUGUCCUUCAGCUGAAUGCUGCGGGCCUGGACGACUUCCUCCCGGUCCUCCAGUCGGUCAUUGAAGACGUCUUCGAAGCGGAGCUGACAACGUUGCUCCUUCGGAAUGAUUCGCCCUUGAGGCGGCUCGAAAAACUCCCCUUGACGAAAUCCUUCCUUUCAGGCUACCGAGACACCCCUGUCGAAGUUUUUGAGAAUGGGAGCACUUUUCUGGUCGAUCUCCUGGAAGGAGACAGAACAGGGUGGAAUUUCCAGCAACGCCCCACGCGCGAGAUGCUCGCCCCUCUCUGCCGCCGGCGAUCCGUUCUUGGUCAGCAAGGGGGAGAAAAAGAGACGGCGGCUGCGCCGCAGGAACAAGCGUUGCGUCAAUCCAAACGCGAGAGACGUAGUUGA